UUUUUUUUGGAAUUAGUGUCAGUUAUUUGUAAUGAUAAUACAUUUUUUGUUUGGUUUUGUUUUCAGAUCUUUUGAGAUGAAGAAGAUUUUGGGAUUUCAGUACUUUCUGCUGCUACUGAUAAUCUGGAUCUCUGCCAGCAACAGCAACCAGAUAUGUGUGUCCAACCAGACAGUCAGCUUUGUGAACCAGUUCCUAAAUAUCCAUGGUAACGGAUCACAGAUUUCUAAACAGACACUGGAGAAAAUAUUCACAGAUUUCACUGGACAGAAAAACUUUUAUGAUGAAUGUCAGAAGUCUGUGGAUAAAUCAUGUGCCAUAAACAAGUGCUUGUCAAUGGAUGAUAUUUUACAUCUCCAUGGUUACGUAGGAACAUCAGCUAUUUCUCACCAGGGAUUGGUUGAUAUUUCACCAGCUCUGUUACAUAACCACAAGAAAUGUCAGCCAUUCAUGAAAGGUGACCAUGAGAGUUCAGAGGUCUUCAGACACAAGAAACCUUCAGUUACAGCCUCCUGGGGGUUUGGAUUUCUGUUCGUUACCAUCAUCAACAUCUGCUCGCUGGCCGGGGCCGUGGUGCUACCGUUUAUGAAGAAGAAAUUCUAUGUGAAGAUUCUGAUUUUUAUGGUGGCUUUAGCCGUUGGGAGUCUGGCAGGAAGUGGCUUACUGGUCCUGAUUCCGGAGGCAUUUGGGUUUCUCCAGGAUCCCACUGGUAACCAUGACUACCUGUGGAAGGCCCUCACUGUGGGGGGCGGGGUUUAUCUCUUUUUCCUAAUCGAAAGAAUUCUAAAAAUAGUUCUCCAAGUCAGAAAGAGAAAACCAGCCCGAGCUCACUACUCAGACGCUCAAACAGACUCCAACGAGUUCGACAAGCCGUUUCUUCCAGAGAGAGAAAAAGACGCAGACGGCAGUAAUACGUACGUAGUACACAACAAGAGUAGUGGGGCCACCAUAAAGACCCAGACACCGACCACGGACCGACAGAAGUACAGUGACACCUCGACCCUACCCACAGACUCACUCAAACACUCGACUGAGUCCAGACAGGAACUCAAGGCCAGCUUCUUCCAGGGCAGUCAGGACACCCUGUGUACUCUGUCUAAAGAUAAGGACAGCAAAGUGGAGAAUGGAAGUUCCUCCAGCGAAGAUGAACCGGUCAUCAUCCAGCAGGAGCGAGGAGAAGUCAAGACCAUCGCAUGGAUGAUCAUAUUUGGAGACGGACUCCACAACUUUCUGGAUGGGCUGUCGAUUGGAGCUGCCUUCACGGACAGUAUCUUUGCCGGGAUGAGUAUAUCGCUGGCCGUUAUAUGUGAGGAGCUACCUCAUGAGUUAGGUGACUUUGCUAUCCUGUUGAACUCAGGGAUGACGGUAAAGAAGGCGCUGAUGUACAACUUCCUGUCAGCCUGCAUGUGUUACCUGGGGCUGGUCCUGGGUCUGAUCGUCGGCGCUAACACCACCGCUCACACCUGGAUCUUUGCCAUCGCCGGCGGGAUGUUCCUCUACAUCUCUCUGGUCGACAUGAUGCCGGAGAUGAACAGUGCAGCAGAGAACGAGGAAUACCGUAAGAUGUUUGGGACGGCCUGGAUCUUCGUUGUUCAGAAUGUGGGCAUGCUCUUUGGGUUCGGGGUCAUAUUCAUCAUGGCGCUGUAUGGAAGCCAGAUCAAUAUAGGAGACUAACGCCUAGGAUUGAGGGUCCAUUUCUACUUGGUGCCAAGAAUGGCCUGGCAUUCAAGCUGAUGCAUUUUCUUGUUGUAUCAUAACAUUCAUAUCAUUCAAUACACAUGUUAUACAGGGUUUUAAAAGACCAGAAUUAAUUGAUAUAAGUCUUUUCAUGUACAAGUUAGCAAUUGAGAUGUGCAUUGAUGAGUACAUGGCUGUGAUCGUACAAACCUGAGACAUUCAAAUUGAUAUGAGAUAUGUUUAUUAAAUACUUCUUUUAUAAUCGUAGCAGACCUGAAAUAUAAAUAUUACAGGGCUGAAAUGUAAUCAUAGCUGGCCUGAGAUAGGUUACAGGACUAAGAUAUUAUCAUAGCAGGCCUGAGAUAUAAAUAUUACAGGGCUGAGAUGUAAUCAUAGCAGGCCUGAGAUAUGUUACAGGAUUAAUGUAAAAUUUGUAAGAAAGUUCAGGAAACAGUCCUGAGAAAAGUUAUUGAAGUGCUUUAGAAGAUGGUACAGUUUAUUCAGUAGUGUUAGCAGUGUUAAACAGAUCUUUGUUAAUCCGUAUGUCUGUCAGUAGAACUCUGAUUGAUAAAUGACCAAAGUCACGCACACAUCUCAGGGAGCUAGCCAGGUAUCAAACAUUGUAAUUCAUACAAUACAUAAAUUACUGCACACCUCUGAUGUAUAUCAUACAAUACAUAAAUUACUGCACACCUCUUGUGUAAUUCAUACAAUGUAUAACCCAUUGCACACCUCUGGUAAGUUUAAUUGUCCAAUAUGGAGAUCUCCCUUCUCAUUGUAAAGUUAAGGUUUACACACUCAUCUACAAGUGUUUUGUGAGAAGACUUUGAAGUAAACAUUUAAAGUUAUCAUUUAAGAAUGAUUUAGAAAAGAUGAAUCAUUUAAAUAAUAAUAAUUUUGUAAAGUUGAAUGUAAUUUAUUGAUGAGUGUAAAAUGUAUGUUCUAGCAUUUUUAAAGAAAUGAUUUACUUACUUUUGAUAGUAAUUAUGUUCACUGUAAAAAGCAGCUAGAUUUCAAAAUGCUGCAAAGAUUUAGUACAAAUUGUGACAUUUAUAUACAAAUAUCUAUAAAUUUUUGAUUUAGAGGUUUUGAAUGUUAUAUAUUUAUUAGUGUUACAUUAAUUUAUGAGUGUCCACUUAGCGUUAAUUUUCAAGUGUAAAAUGCUUUGAUAAAUUACUUAUAAGAUUGAUUUUAUGCAAGAACAAUGUGAAACAACUAUUCUAAACAUGAAAGCUGUUACAUUAUUACAUUUACAUAUACAUUUAUUGACAAGUGUAAGCUGUAACACUGAUCAGUUUUUGUGUGGUGUUAAUAUACAAGAACUGUAGUGUAAGUGGAUGUUUUACGAGUUUAAGCACAGAAUAUCACACCGUGACCGUAUACUUUAACAAUUCUUUAUUUGAAAAUGAUCUGUAAAAGGUUUCAGAUUCAUGUAAUGUAAUUGCUAUAUAUUGAAAUAUGUCCUCAACAAUGAUAAACUUGGUGUAUUAAUCUAACGUUAACUCUUCAAAUGGAUGAGUUAUUAAUGGGAAAAGUAUUUAUUCAGCAUGGCUCUUUUAAUAGAAGAAUAAUAUCAUUUGUAUAAGUAGAGUGUGUUUAAUGUUUCCUCAACAACAGCUGUGUUGACAGUGUGAUAUUAUUAUUGUUAUUAUAAGGUUACUUAAUGAUCUGACCCUAUUUAUUUAUGAUAUAACAUUAUACUUCCUCCACUGUUUCUAUUGAUAAGAACAAAAGUUCUUGGACUCUCUAGAUCACCAUUCUAUUGAUAAGAACAAAAGUUCUUGGACUCUCUAGAUCACCAUUCUAUUGAUAAGAACAAAAGUUCUUGGACUCUCUAGAUCACCAUUCUAUUGAUAAGAACAAAAGUUCUUGGACUCUCUAGAUCACCAUUCUAUACACAGAGUCCACAUUGUGUUACAUUAAUUCAUAUAUGUUGAUGUUGUGAAGGCCUUAUUAAUCACAUUAAGGGAUGCAUGUAUAUAUUGAUAGAUUUUAUGAUCUUGUGUAAGCUUAAUCAAGUGGACAGGAUUUCGUCUCUCGGACAAGCACUGAUCAGUGAUACCAAUUCAAUCCUUAGACAUCUCUUUAUCUGAUCUUAUGAUCCAUGCCUGUCCACAAGACAUGAUUGUAGUCAAAUUCUUCAAUCCAAGUCCUGUAUCAAUGGCUCAUUAACCUGUCCAGUUUUUGGAUUUUAUUGUUCACUUUUUCGAUUACAACGCCCUGACUGUUUGCUUCUCGACUGAUCCUUUUUUAACUUUAGCCUCUUUUUUUUUUUUUUUACAAAAAUGAAGUAUUUUCUUUUCUUUUUCAUGAGUACGACAUGUACAUGUACUUACAUUUUAUUUUUGUCAAUGAUGACAUGUUUACAAUUUAUUGAUCUGAGUGUAAAACCCCUCAUCCCAGUGCCAGUAUUCACAUACUAGACCAUGUACAUAUAUAGACCAUGUACAUUAUAUAGAAGGUGUAUAUUAUAUAGACCAUGUACAUUAUAUAGAAGGUGUACAUUAUAUAGAAGGUGUACAUUAUAUAGACCGUGUACAUUAUAUAGAACGUGUACAUUAUAUAGAACUUGUACAGAGAACAGUACUGUUGUUAAUGAACAAACUCAACAGUCACAUGGUUUGAAGGGCUUAGAUUAUUUUGUUGAUGGUUUGGGUUUAUUUUUUAUUUACCAGUAUUUUAGUGUGUUGUUUCUAGUCAGAUCAUUCGAAUACAAUGUGUACAAGUCUGUCAUCCUAGAACACUGCACAGGUCUUGUAAUCUAACUUAUAUGUACUAGGUCAUAAUAGGAGAGUUAAGUCAUUGCAUUGCUUUCAGGUUAUCCUAGUGCAGUGUUUGUAUAAGUCAUUCAAGUUAUCGAGCACAGUGUAUAAGUCAUUCAAGUCAUCUAGCACAGUGUAUAAGUCAUUCAAGUCAUCUAGUACAGUGUAUAAGUCAUUCAAGUCAUCUAGUACAGUGUAUAAGUCAUUCAAGUCAUCUAGUACAGUGUAUAAGUCGAUCAAGUCACCUAGUACAGUGUAUUUAAGUCAUUCAAGUCACCUAGUACUGCAUAUAUGAUGUUAGAGUCAUCUUGUACAGUGUAUAAAGUUGAUCAAGUCAUCCUAGCUUAGUGUGUAAGGUUGUCAAGUAAUCCAUAUACUAUGUUUAAAUCAGUCAUGAUCAAGUCAUCCUAGUACAGUGUACAAGUCUAUUAGCCCAGUACAUUGUGUACAAGUCUGGUCAUCUAAGUGGUGUAUGUAAUGUACUAUAAUGUCAGUCAUAGUGGGAGAGCAAAGUCAUCAUAAUGCAUUCAGGUUAUCCUAGUGCAUUGUUUAAGUCAUUCAAGUCAUCUGGUAUAGUGAUUUUGGCACAAAGCAGUUUCUGCUUAUUUGAGAAUUUAGUAUAUGUAUAAUUAUCAAUAAAUGAUAAAUUAGUUACUGCCAGAUUUUGUCUAUGGGGAUGACCCUUGUGAGGGCUUUAUAUGACUGGAUAAUAAUAUUAUCAGAUAAUAAUUAUCCUUUGUCAUUGAAAUUUUAAUUUUGAAUAUGACCUACACUAUAUAACUUGCUAAUCACAAUCAACUUUUGUUUGUUAUAUCAAUACCCAUUGUUAAUGGAAAUGCAUGGAUCGGGGAGGGGGGGUGUGUCUUUUUGUGUUUGAUGUUUGUUGUGUAUGUUAAACCUUUUAUAUCAAAUGCUUAUACUACUGGGCCUUUUGAAGGACAAUUAUAUACCUUAAUUAGUUUUGAAUGCAUUUGGAUCAAGUAUUGCUCCACUUGGCUAUUUUUGAGUCAGGUGAUAUACUUUGUCUUAAUUGUAAUCACAAACCAGCUUCAACAAUUGUAAAGAAAUCAUUCUCCAGUAUUUGUAAUAUAAAUUGUAUAAUAUAUAAUUUUAUAUUUACAUACAAGACAUGUUAGUAUGACGGCCAAAUAGAAUCACUUUAACAGAACUUGACUCAUUGUUGCCGCUUUGAAUUUUUUAUCAAAGCUAAAAAAAAAUUGUGUUUGGUGUCUUGUAUGUGUAUUUGUUUCCAAUGUAUAAUUAGUAAGUUUAUAUAAGUAACCUUAAAAGAUCAUGCUGUUGCCCCUGUAUUGUCCAACCCUUACACUAAUGCAUUCCAUUCUAACAGCUUUUAUUUGACUUCUCCCAGAAAAAAAAUUUUUUACUAGAACAUGUAUCCUUAUUUUGAUUCAGUUUUGGAAACAUUUACUCCAGGCUGCCAAGCAGCUUUCCUUGGAGUUACAGAGAAUCUGUCAAUUUGUUUACAUUGUGUAAAUGUAAUGCUGGAUGAAUGAUACAUUGAAUUCAAAAGAAAUAAAUCAUAAAAAAUAUAUCAUC